AUGAGGUUCAGGGUGGCAAUAUGCGGAGGCGGCAUAGGUGGUCUGUCACUAGCUGUGGCUCUGUCGAAAUACCCAGAUAUCCAAGUUGACGUCUACGAGGCUGCGGGACGCUUCAGAGAGAUCGGCGCGGGCGUCAUGAUAUGGUCCAGGACUUGGAGAAUCCUUGAGCUCCUUGGAAUGACCUCCGACUUUUCCAAGAUAGCACAUGCGCCCCCGGACGGAUCCCUCGGAAUUGGCUUUGAUUAUCGCAAGUCAGAUCAGCCCGAAGAAGGAUCACGUUUCCACCUGUUUGCGCUUCCCUAUGGCUGCAUACGUUUCCACAGGGCACAUUUCCUUGAUGCUCUCGUGGAUCGCCUGCCGAAUGGCGUUGCUCACUUUGGCAAACGUUUGCGUUCCUAUUCUCACGGAAGCUCCCAAGACUCCGUCGUCCUCCAUUUCGCAGAUGAUUCUUCUGCGGAGUGUGACCUGUUGGUGGGUUGCGACGGUAUCAAGUCCGUGGUCCGUCAGAAAGUGCUCGAAGAAAUAUCGUUACCGCCCCAUUUCGCAGCUGUUGGCUUGAAUGAGCCAGUAUGGACAGGAACAAUUGCCUACAGAGGUCUUAUCCCAGUUGAUCGUCUAGUUCAGAAAGAUGGGUCGGGACAUAGAACCGUUGAGACUCCGAUGAUGUAUUGCGGUAAAAACAAGCAUGUGGUAAGCUAUUCCAUCACUGGAGGAAGCAUAGUCAACGUUGUCGCAAUGAAAUCCGAGCCGGAAAACGAAGGUUCUGUAUAUCACAGUCCUUGGGUGGCUGAUUGCACACAGGAAGAGCUGCUGAACUGCUAUACUGAUUGGGAACCUGAAGUCCUAGAACUUCUAAGAUGUGUUGAGAAGCCUACGCGGUGGGCAAUUCAUCAGUUACGCCCAUUACCUGCAUAUGUUACGGAGAAAGUCGCUCUACUUGGAGAUGCUGCGCAUGCUAUGGCACCUCACCAAGGUGCUGGAGCUGGUCAGGCCGUAGAAGAUGCCUAUGUUCUUGCCGAACUGCUUGGUCAUCAAUCUACAACAUUGUCUACGCUUCCCUUCACACUUAAAGCUUACCAGCACGUCCGUCUUCCCCUGGCCAACCGUGUGCUCACUAGUUCAAGCGAGUCUGGACGGAUGUACGAAUUCUGGGGAACAUUCGGCGAUGACCUUCAGCGAGUGGGUCGGAUGAUUGAGCGACAAUGGGACUGGUUGACUGAAACCACGCCUGAGGGAGAGGCACAAAGAGCAGUCGUCUGGAUGGAAGAAGCUAUUAAAGCCAAGUCCCUUUCGCGCAAAUGA